UAACCUAGACGUGGUUCUCAGCCUGUGGCAGCGAUAACCUCUUUGUGGUUCUAGAACAUACGCCGGCAGGACUCAUCGCAGCACGCAGAAGAAAAUUUGCGUCAAGUUAUUUCGCGCAUGCGUAGCGUGACAAAAGAUAACUUAAGAACACACGUGGUGGAAAUGCACUAUAAUGAGGAAACGUUUCAAGUUUAAGAAGGCUUUACAUUCUGAAGGUGUAUUAUACAAAUGCGGAACGUGUCAAAAAGAGUUUAAGGACAAGACGAAACUCCAAAUUCAUAAGAGAACUCAUACAGGCGAAAAACCUUAUCAAUGCGAGUUUUGUAAUGGUAAAUUUGGAUAUAAAGGAGUGCUAAGACAACAUGUGGUGGCAAAGCAUAACAGUGAUGAACGUUUCAAGUCUAACAAGGACCUAUAUACUGGAGGUGUAUCAUACAAAUGCAAAACGUGUAAUAAAGAGUUUAUUAACAAAACGAGUUUUCACAGGCAUGAAAGAAUUCAUACAGGCGAAAAACCUUAUCAAUGCGAAUUUUGUGAAAAUAAAUUCAAAUAUAAAGAAGUGCUAAGACAACAUGUGGUGGCAAAGCAUAACAGUGAUGAACGUUUCAAGUCUAAUAAGGACCUAUACAUUGGAGGUAUAUCAUACAAAUGCGGAACGUGUAAUAAGGAGUUUAGGUACAAAUCGCAUUUUCGUAGACAUGAAAGAACCCAUACAGGCGAAAAACCUUAUCAAUGCGAGUUUUGUAACGGUGAAUUUGAAUGUGAAGAUGUACUAGGACAUUAUAUGGUGGCAAAGCAUAACGGUGAUGAACGUUUCAAGUCUAAUAAAGAUCUAUAUUCUGGAGGUGUAUCAUACAAAUGCAAAACGUGUAAUAAAGACUUUAAGAACAAAUCGGAUUUUCAUACGCAUGAAAGAAUUCAUACAGGCGAAAAACCUUAUCAAUGCGAGUUUUGUAAAUAUAAAUGUGUGCAAAAGGUUCAUCUACGUAGUCACAUGAUAUCAAAGCAUAAAGAUGAUGAACGUUUCAAGUCUAAUAAGGAUCUAUAUGCUGGAGGUGUAUUACACAAAUGCGGAACGUGUAAUAAAGAGUUUAAGGGCAAAUCGAAUUUGCAUAAACAUGAAAAAACUCAUACAGGCGAAAAACCUUUUCAAUGCGAAUUCUGUAUAUAUAAAUGUGUGGAAAAGGUACAGCUAAGUAGUCACGUGAUAUUAAAGCAUAGCAAUGAUGAACGUUUCAAGUCUAAUAAGGACCUAUAUGCUGGAGGUGUAUUACACAAAUGCCAAAUCUGUAAUAAAGAAUUUAAGUACAAAAAGCAUUUACAAGACCAUGAAAGAACUCAUACAAACGAAAAACCUUAUCAAUGCGAGUUUUGUAAUGGUAAAUUUGGAUAUAAAGAAGUGCUAAGACAACAUGUGGUGGCAAAGCAUAACAGUGAUGAACGUUUCAAGUCUAAUAAGGACCUAUAUACUGGAGGUGUAUCAUACAAAUGCAAAACGUGUAAUAAAGAGUUUAUUAACAAAACGAGUUUUCAGAGGCAUGAAAGAAUUCAUACAGGCGAAAAACCUUAUCAAUGCGAAUUUUGUGAAAAUAAAUUUAGAUGUAAAGAAGUGUUAAGACAACAUGUGGUGGCAAAGCAUAACAAUGAUGAACGUUUCAAGUCUAAUAAGGACCUAUAUACUGGAGGUGUAUCAUACAAAUGCAAAACGUGUAAUAAGGAGUUUAAGUACAAAAGGAAUUUACAUAGUCAUGAAAGAACUCAUACCGGCGAAAAACCUUAUCAAUGCGAGUUUUGUGUUGUUAAAUUUGGAUAUAAAGAAGCGCUAAGACAACAUGUGGUGGCAAAGCAUAACAAUGAUGAACGUUUCAAGUCUAAUAAGGACCUAUAUACUGGAGGUGUAUCAUACAAAUGCAAAACGUGUAAUAAAGAAUUUAAGAACAAAUCAAAUUUUCAUAUGCAUGAAAGAAUUCAUACAGGCGAAAGACCUUAUCAAUGCGAGUUUUGUAAAUAUAAAUGUGGGCAAAAGGUACAGCUAAGUAGUCACGUGAUAUCAAAGCAUAGCAAUGAUGAACGUUUCAAGUCUAAUAAGGACCUAUAUGCUGGAGGUGUAUCACACAAAUGCCAAAUCUGUAAUAAAGAGUUUAGGUACAAAAAGAAUUUACAUAACCAUGAAACAACUCAUAAAAACGAAAAACCUUAUGAAUGUGAUAUUUGUGGUCACAUGUCUAGGACAAAAGAUAACUUAAGACAGCACUUGGUGAAAAUGCAUUACAAUGAUGAACGUUCCAAGUCUAAGAAGGAUUUACAUACUGAAGGUGUAUCAUACAAUUGUGGAACGUGUAAUAAAGAGUUUAAGAACAAAUCGUGUUUUCUUAGACAUGAAAGAACUCAUACAGGCGAAAAUCCUUAUCAAUGCGAACUUUGUGAAGAAAAAUUUAGCCGGAAAGUUGGCCUAAUACAUCACGUGAAGACAAAGCAUAAUAAUGAUAAACGUUUAAAAAGGAAAAUUAAAGUCUAAUAAGGGACUAUACACUGGAGGUGAAUCAUACAAAUGCGGAACGUGUAAUAAAGAGUUUAAGAACAAAGCGCAUUUGCAUAUUCAUGAGAGAACUCAUAUAGGCGAAAAACCUUAUUAUUGUGAGUUUUGUGGAGAUAUAUUUAGACUAUACAAAUAGAGGGCUAAGAACCAGAUGUGUAACAAAGAAUCUUUAAUUCAAAAUAAUAAAAAAUUUACAAAAAACGGUUUGACGUCGCUCGGAUCUUGAACAAUGUUACAGUAAAUUAUAAUUAUGAAGACAUUCGAAACCUAUAACAUUUUUCGAUAACGCAG